AUGAAUAAUUUCAUUCUAGCUACUUUGAUUAUAUUAACUGCAGCUAAUAAAAAUAUAUGUCCAACUGAAAUAGAUACAACUAUAUCUUGUACAAAAGAGAAUUAACCUGUAUGUGCAUAUACUGCAGAAGGAUUUGUAAGAUUUAAAUUAAUAUUUAGUAAUUAGGAACUUUUGAGAAUGCUUGUUUUGCUUGUCGAGCUUAGAAAGUAAAUUAUUAUGAAGAUGAUAUUUGUAUAAUAACUAGUAGUCUUUCUGAAACAAUAAAUACAGGUUCUGAGAAUACUUCAUCUACAACAUCAAAUGGGAAAACAAUUUAUAAAUGUGAAAUUCCAAAAUCAGACAAUCCAAUAUGUCCUGCUGUGUAAAUUAAAAAUUAUAAUUUUAGUUACAAACCUACUUGUGGCUUAUUCAUAUCAAGUAUUUAAUGUAUAAAGGAACCAUGUGGAAGAUCAUUUGGAAAUGAAUGUGAAGCUUGUUCAGAUAAAAAUAUAGAUUCUUAUUUUGAUGGAGAAUGUUAGGAAAUUCAUAAAGAGUAUCUUUUUAAUUUUAAUAAAUUAGAGAUCCAUAAAAUCCACCUGAUGAUAGUAUAACUUAUUGUACAGAACCAAGACCUUAAAUCUGUACUAAAGAAUAUACAGAAACUUGUGCUUUCAUUACAACAUCAUGUUUUUCUGAUUCUUGUAUGAUAUCAGUAGGAAAUUAUUGUGAUGCUUGUUCUAAAAAAGAUGUAGUUGGAUAUGUAAAACAAGCAUGUUCAAAAUAUUAGUAUAAAUUAUGUUUAAAUUGAUUAGAUUAAUAUAUACAUAAGAUAUCGAUUAAAAUGAUCAGAAAUCUGACUCUUAAAAUGAUGCAUUAGAUUUAGACUAAAACAAUAAUUCAAAAUAAUAAUAAUGUAGUACAUAGAAACCUAAUGCUUGUGAUAAUGUUGUCAAGGAAGUAUGUGCAACAUAUAAAUGUUAUGAUACAACUUGUUAAAAAGAAUAUAAGAAUGAAUGUUAAGCUUGUUUAGAUUCAACUACAAUUUCAUAUAGUUUUGGUAAAUGUUAAACAUUAUAUGGGACUAUCUUAAGUUUAGCUAUAUUGAUAAAGCUAAUUAUUUGA